AUGAGGAUUUUCUUGGUUUGGAUCCUUUCCCCAGGUGUCUGGGCAGUGAAAGGCCCCAAGCAGGUGACAGCUGACCAAGGCAGCUUGCUGGCAGUGUCCUGCAGCUAUGAGCCAGGCUAUGAGCUCAAUUCCAAGUACUGGUGCCGCCAGAGCUUCCUCUGGUUUUGCUGCACCAACAUCAUCCAGACCAGUGGCUCAGAGGUGACGGUGACACAGGGCAGGGUGUCCAUCAGGGACAACCACACAGCACACUCGUUCAUGGUGACACAGAGUGGAGUCACGUUGGGGGAUGCAGGCCGGUACUCCUGCGGGGUGAAGAGGAAACUGUGGUUCAGCACAUCCCACACCACCAGGGUGAUGGUCUCUGCAGCUGCUUCAACCACAACCGAAGGCAGCGAUGUGGGCUCCAGUGGCCGUGGGGAGCCUCCAGUGCUGUGA